AUGUCUCCAUCCCAUCUACCUCUUUCAGCGCUGGAUAUUGAUGCCUAUGCGACUGCGUCGGCCGCUGUCAUUUUCACUCUGCGUCUUUAUGCGAUAUUCAUGCGGGAUAGGAAGGUGUUGUACGCCUCCGCCGUUUUGACAGUCCCGCGCGUGGCCAUCAAUAUCUUUCAAAUCGUCACGGAUUCCUUCCAUGCCACAAAAGGAACCAUUGAGCACCGCUUUGGUCAAUGUGCGACUCCGAGCGCAAAACAUCUCGACGGCCACGUUAUCUCCAUGGGCUGCGCUAGCGAUGCUGCCUUCUCGGACGCUCAAUACGCCGAGAACAAGUUCCUGGGACAUAUCGGUGCUCCUCUGGGUGGCAUGGACGGUGACAUGUCCCCCCACGCCCACGAGGCAUGGCCAGAACUGUGCGAGGAUGGGCACGACACAGAAGAGGGCCACACUGGAAGUGUCCCGACGUGGCCUGGUGACAUGGGGUCCUAUGGCGAAGCGCCUGAGACGGAUUCAGGAAUAGCUGUCUCGGAGUUCCAUAUCCCAUCUCGGGUCUCUUCAGCUUCACUGACCGGCAGGACCGUGUCGCGAUUCCAUGAAAGCAUAGCUUGA